GGCAUUUCAUUUCAUUUGCCGCAACACUCACGUUCUCCCGUUAUCUCAGUGUAAAUUUUGCAAAGGAAUUUUUGCCAUAAGCAAGUUUAGUUUUGAUUUACGAAAUUAAUUAAUUUAAUCGCAGAGCGUUUAAAAAUAACAAAUAAAAGUAUUUAGAAUACAAAUUCAAGAGUUUAUAUAAGAAAACACACGCCGAAAAAAGAAGGAGAACGUCCAUUUUCUAAUUUAUUGGCGUGACAACAACAAAAAUUUCAUAAUGGAAGUAAAUAAUGAGAAUUUGCAACUGUUAGCCGGUUAUUUGCAGCAAACAUUGAGUCCAGAUCCGAAUAUACGACGACCUGCUGAGAAACUACUGGAAUCUACCGAGGCCCAGCGCAACUAUGCCGUGCUUUUGCUAAAUCUCAUCGACAAGCCAGAAGUUGAUAUGACAAUACGAGUGGCUGGUUCCAUCGCAUUUAAAAAUUAUAUCAAACGUAAUUGGGCUAUAAAUGAGGACUCGGAUACGCCCGAUAAAAUACAUAUUGAUGAUCGUAAUACCAUCAAAACUUUGAUUGUCACCCUUAUGUUACGGUCUCCACCCGCACUGCAAAAACAAUUGAGUGAUGCUGUCAGUAUUAUUGGCAAACAUGAUUUUCCCAAAAAAUGGCCACAACUUAUCGAUGAAAUGGUUGAGAAAUUCGGCACUGGCGACUUCAAUGUCAUUAAUGGUGUUUUACAAACAGCCCAUUCGCUCUUCAAACGUUACCGUUAUGAAUUCAAAUCACAAAAUUUAUGGGAAGAAAUUAAGUUGGUGUUGGAUCGUAUGGCUAAACCCUUGACCGAUUUGCUUUUGGCCACAAUGCAAUUGACCAAAGUUCAUGAGAAUAAUGUGGAAGCUUUAAAAGUUAUCUAUGGAUCAUUGGUUUUGGUCUGCAAAGUAUUCUAUUCUUUGAAUUCACAAGAUUUGCCUGAAUUCUUUGAAGACAAUAUGGCUACAUGGAUGAAUUCUUUCCAUGAAUUGUUAACGGUCGAUGUGCCAUGUUUGCAUACUGGUGAGGAUGAAGAUGCUGGCGUUUUGGAACAUUUACGUUCACAAGUAUGUGAAAAUAUUGGCAUGUAUGCCCAGAAAUACGAUGAGGAAUUUGCACCAUAUAUGCAAACAUUUGUUACUGCUGUUUGGGAGUUGUUGGUCAAAACCGGCAUGCAAACUAAAUAUGAUGCGUUGGUUUCAAAUGCCCUGCAAUUCCUGUCUGUGGUGGCAGAACGUACCCAUUACCGUAAGAUCUUUGAAAAUCCCGAAAUUUUGGCCAACAUUUGCGAAAAAGUUGUCAUACCCAAUUUGGAUUUCCGCCAAUCGGAUGAGGAACUUUUUGAAGAUAGCCCUGAAGAGUACAUACGACGUGACAUUGAAGGUUCCGACAUCGAUACUAGACGUCGAGCAGCUUGUGAUUUAGUUAAGACAUUAUCACAAAACUUCGAAGCCAAAAUUUUUGGAAUAUUUGGACAAUAUUUAGAAAUAUUGCUGGCCAAAUACAAAGAGAAUCCAGCAGUGAAUUGGCGUGCCAAGGAUACAGCUAUUUAUUUGGUCACCUCAUUUGCGUCUCGUGGUGGUACCCAAAAACAUGGUAUUACCCAGGCUUCGGAAUUGGUGCCAUUGCCACAAUUUUGUGCUCAACACAUUAUGCCGGAAUUGGAGAGACCCAACAUCAAUGAGCUUCCAGUUUUGAAAUCAGCUGCUUUGAAGUUUGUCAUGGUAUUCCGUAGUUUGUUGGGUCAACAAACAUUGCUUGCAGCCCUGCCACAUUUGAUACGCCAUUUACCAGCUGAAAGUGUGGUAGUACACAGCUAUGCAGCCUGUGCUUUGGAAAGAAUUUUCACCAUGAGGGAUCCCACUAGUGCUUUACUUAUUGGCCCACAACAUUUGGCUCCAGUAGCCAAUGAUUUGUUGGGUGGUUUGUUUGCCACUCUGUCCCUGCAAGGGUCUGCAGAAAACGAAUAUGUAAUGAAGGCAAUUAUGCGCAGUUUUAAUUCUUUGCAAGAACACUCCAUGCCUUUUAUGGCCGUUGCAUUGCCCAGAUUAACAGAAAUCCUCACCAUGGUGGCCAAAAAUCCCUCCAGACCCCAUUUUAACCAUUAUCUAUUCGAAACCCUAUCAUUGGCUAUUAAAAUUGUAUGCAAGACUGAGGCUGCUGCUGUCAGCUCCUUUGAAGAGGUUCUUUUCCCAGUUUUCCAGGGUAUCCUGCAACAAGAUAUUUUGGAAUUUAUGCCCUACGUUUUCCAAAUGCUUUCAUUGCUUUUGGAAAUACGUGAGGGUAGUGGAGCCAUACCAGAACCAUAUUGGGCUCUUUUCCCUUGCCUUUUGGCUCCACCACUGUGGGAUCGUUCCGGUAAUAUUAGCCCUCUCAUAAGACUCCUAUGUGCAUUUAUUAGACAGGGUGCAACACAAAUAGCAGCAAUGGAUAAAUUGAAUGCCAUUUUGGGUAUAUUCCAAAAAAUGAUUGCUUCCAAGGCCAAUGAUCAUGAAGGCUUCAAUUUACUUCAGAAUCUCUUGGCAUACUAUCCACAAAAUGCCAUGCAAGCGAGUAUGCGUCAAAUAUUUGCUUUGUUAUUCCAACGUUUGUCAUUGUCUAAAACCACCAAGUAUGUUAAAUGCAUCAUUGUAUUCUUCUGCUACUAUGCUGCCAAAAUUGGUGCCCCUGCCUUAGUGGAGCUCAUCGAUCAAAUUCAAGCAAAUAUGUUUGGCAUGGUUGUAGAUCGUGUCUUUAUUCCCGAUAUGGCCAAGGUAUCCAACGAAUUGGAACGUAAGACAGUUGCAGUGGGAAUUUCUAAGAUACUCUGUGAAUGUCCUGCAAUGUUAUUACCACCCUACAAUCAAUACUGGUCACGACUUUUACAAGCAUUGGUUGAACUUUUCGAAUUGCCCCCAGAUAAGACCAUAACUGAGGGAGACAAUUUCAUUGAACCUGAUGAAAGUUCUGGCUACCAGGCUGCUUUCUCACAACUGAGUUAUGCCCAACCAAAAACACAAGACUUCUUGGCCGAAGUUGCUGAUGGCCGUAAAUACUUGGCUGAUUCUCUGGCUAAACUGGCUCAAACACGUCCCGGUGAAAUUCCUCAGCUUGUGACCGCCAUUGGCGAUAAUCACAAACAAGCUUUACAAAAAUAUUGCGAUCAGUAUGGAGUGCGCAUAGUUUAAGUAAUUGUCUAUGAUAUUGUUUUGUAAGUUUAUCCAUUAUACUAUCUAAAAUAUCCACAUAUGAGUGUUUUCGUUUUUUUCUAAUUUCAUUGUUAUUUUUUUCAUUCGCUCAAACAAAUAUUAUCGAUUAAUACAUUUUUGUACUUCUUUUUAAACUAUUUUAUAAAUAUAAUCUUUUUUUUGUAUGCAACUUUGUAAAAGUCAGAAAUGAUUGAAGAGAUGAGAUCCUACAUUAAAGCAUAAAUAAAUAUUGUUGUUGGCACAAAAUGCAGCAAUCGUAUAUAAAAAUA